GGAAAAUCAAGCAACUGAUAAGGUAGAAAGAAUACUAAAAAUGUUUUUUUUUAUUUCUGAUGAUUUUUUAUGCAAAUUCUUCCAAUGUAGACUACAACGCUUUCAAUAAGAGCUCUAUGUAAACUUAUUAAGAACGCCUAGAUGUAGACAAACAACCUAUCAACCAUAUUGUUAUAAACCUCGAUACCGUGCUUUCGACUGGAAUUAAAAUGGCAUUUAGCUAUCUGGGACAGCUUCUUAAAGCCUACAAACAAGCCCCAUGUACGGUGUUACCACAGCAACUGAAUUGGUUGUUUAUUGCGUUUUGAGCUCAACACUAUCGAUUAAGAUUCUCUUUCAGAAAAAGGUUUACCUAAAAUCGUUCGUUCUACACAACAAAACCAUUUCGGUGAAGAUGAAAAAGCUGCCGCCACCAAAGCGACCACCACGAAUACCCCCCAAACGGGACUCCGAGCAAGAGCAGCUAAUAAAAUCACUCGAACAGAAGCUCCAGAAGGUAAGUAGCGUACGGGGUGCUUCGAUUUGUUUGAACUCCGUGCUUGCUUUCUCUCCCCCGCUGCAGCACACACCGAGUGAUCCGAUCGAUCUGGAUAUGACGCACAUUAUCCCUAGAAGGUUGUAUAAUCGGUUGAGGCGUAUGGUGAAGCUACCACCGUACGAUGAUCGGGAGUUCGAAGGGAUUCUUGCCGUCCGUCUCCAGGAUCCACCCGGCUCGAGUGAUGGCGAACGACGCAGUACAGACGACGAAGAUGAUCGUACGCUGGAGCGUGCCGGGGAUGGAGAGGGACGGGACGAGCAACCCUUUGAGCUGAUAGUGGAGGAACGGUCAGCUGCCCGGUCACGGAUCAUACCGACCGACACGCAGAGCAACUGGAUGGAGGCUUACUUGCGAAAGACGGGCAAUGAGCGUAUCCAGUGGCAAACGAAGUACUACCGAACGGACCAGAAGUUGCUGGAUAAGCCACUGUUUCAGCAGAUUGAAGAGUUGAUAGAUCUGGGUGCUCAGGAUUUCUCCGAAUGGUUGAACGGGCUCGGUGCGGAAAAGUCCAACAUUACGAAGGACAUCAUCAAGCAGCUGUUCUCGAUUGAGAUAGAGGAUGAGAUGGCGAGAGCGCUACGGGUAGACACUCGCGAGAUCCGAGCUAUCCCGACGGAUGCCGCUCGGCACUGGAACCUGGAGCAUAUGGCGCUCCAGAACCGUAUCGCACAGGUGAUGGCAGCCGAUCGGCGUGCCAUGGCGAAGGUCCGCACACAGCACGUUGCCUUCGGACGUACGCUCCCAGCCGAGUUGCGCACCACCAGCCGUACCGAUUCGACCGACACGAUCGAGCCCGAAUUUCCGGACGAUCUGCGUACGCUGCGCGCCCUCUUCCAGGACAUUCGUCAUCUGCGCUCGGUCCGCUAUCUGAUCGACCAUCUGCGCACGCGGCCGGACAUUCAGCGGCCCCGAUAUCUGCUCGACGCUGGCCUCUUCCGGUCGGGCACAGGUGACCGGACCACACCGUUCUAUCAGCAGGUGCUACCACGGAAAGCAAUCCUCGACAGUGUGCGGCACAAGCAGCACUAAUCCUACCCCGUUAUGCAUCGCGAUAAGCGAGCACCGUUACGUUAUCUGUAGUCGAAGAAGAGGACCACGAAAGGAGUCGGUCGAGAGGGGCAUGCACGAUGUGAGUGCAGUUUUGACUUUACUAAAAUAAAACGGAGCCGAGAUAAGGGAUUCGCAUCAA